CACUGAAUUUUCACUGAAUUUUCACAGUUGGAAGGGACCAUGGGGCCCUUAACACAAUUCAAUCCAAUGUGCUUUUCCUUGGGUGAGGUGCCUGCUCCUGUAAAUGAGAGGUUGUUGCGUUCUCUGCUCUAAAAUCGCUAUUUUUUUCCUGCUUUUUGGCUGCUUUCCAUCAUUAGUAGCUUUUAGAGAAGCUCAUUAGUCCAAGAAGGCACUUUUGGUGGAGUUUGCUUAAAGGUUCCUGUAAGCGACGCCAAAUUUUGGAUGUCGAGGCCUUUUUUUUACCACAACUUUCUCCCCCUGCGGCGCUAAAACGCAACAUCUCACCCGAAUUUACCCGUUUUUUACUUAAUUUUCAGCACUGACCUGCGGGUGAAGCACGACGGGGGUCUCUCCCGUCGGGGUUCACUUCUAUUUUUUUCUUCUUUUUAUUUUUUUUCUUUUUUUUUCCCCGUUUCAGAAAACAUGCCUUGAACUGCCACAGGAUGAAGCCGGCUCUUUUCAGCGUUCUCUGCGAGAUCAAGGAGAAAACAGUGUUAAGUAUUCGUGGUAUUCAGGAAGAAGAUCCCCCAGAUGCCCAACUAAUGAGACUAGAUAACAUGUUGCUGGCGGAGGGUGUCUCCGGGCCCGAGAAAAGAGGAAGAGGAGGACCGAUGGCUGUAGCAGCAACAUCAGGUGGCUGUCCAAAUGACAAUAGCAUUGAACACUCUGACUACAGGGCCAAGCUGUCACAGAUCCGACAGAUAUACCACUCUGAGCUAGAGAAAUAUGAACAGGUGAUCUUUCUGCAUGGAAGAGUUUUUAUCAUCUCAAUUAAAAAAAAAAAAAAUUUAAAAAAAAAAAAAAAUGUUUCCAACUGGUUUGGUAACAAAAGAAUUCGAUACAAAAAAAACAUGGGGAAGUUCCAAGAAGAAGCCAAUAUUUAUGCCGCGAAAACAGCGGUGGAUGCAACUAAUGUCGUGGCUCAAGGCAACCAGGCAAAUUCGCCGUCGACACCAAAUUCAGCUUCCUCUGGCUCUUUUAAGAUGACCAAUUCCGGAGAUUCCUUUAUAAACUUGCAGUCAUUGACUUCCUACCAGAGCUCCCCUGUGGGAGCCAAUGUGCAGUCACAGAUGGAUUCCUUACAUCACGUCAUCCACCAGACGGGGAGAUACGACACGAUUGUGGGGAAUCCUUUGUAUACGACGCAGCGCAUCGAUGCUAAUGGCAGCUGGCAGGAUGCUACCACCCCUUCAUCAAUCACUUCACCUGCUGGAGACCCUGGAAGUGUUAAUUCGGAUGCGUCUAAUUAAGUUUUUAGGACCUAUUGAUGAGAGGAAAGAGGUCAUUAGUGUAAUUUGUCAAUGUUGCUCUUUUGCCAAUACUAUUGUUUAUACAACUUGACACACAGCUAAUUACCUCAGAAAUCCCCCCCUCCCCCUGGAACCAAUAGAAGAUUGUGAUGACAAGGAUACCUCUCUACCUCUCAGCCUCACGCAGUUGAGUUCUUUUUACUUAAAGCCCAUCAGGAUGUGAAAUUGUUUUAAAAAAGAACUUCAUUUUCCUAACCAAAUUCUUUUUUUUUUUUUUAAAAAUAAUGGAUUUUCUGGUUAAGAGUCGGAAAAGUGUCUCUUCUCGAACUCGGCGUCUGUCUCAAGUUUUACAGCUUCAGAAAAUUGACUUAUUUUAAUUCCCAUAAAGUUUUUUACUAUGAAAUUUCUGUUCUAGUUGAUAGCUACUAACAGUUAAACCCCCUGUAUUGUAAUUGUAUGCGUUCUCUGUAUUGUAAUUUUGUAUAGGAAAAUAAGCUUUUCUUAACUAGAAUUUCAUUCUGAGCUAAUUAAUCAGAACGUUGCUUUACCAAAACUCUCACUGGACUUUGCUCUCGGGUAGGACCUUCCAUCCUCUUGUCAUUCCACGUAAUUCUAAUUUAAUGUCUAGUGAAAGAAAGAAAGAAAAAAAAAUCAACCACAAACCAACAAAACCCACCUGGAUAACGAUAAGGUUUUUGUGCGUUUCUGCAGCUGUUAACACGGAGUCCACCCCCCCCAUCCUUUUCAGUUGAGAUUUUAUCAAAGAUAAUAAACAUCCAAAGCCUUUUUUUUUUUUUU